AAUGUGUAAAGCUGAAGAAGUAUAGCAAUAUAGUCCUCGCAAACUCCUCCCCUUGACGACUUUCUUAGAUCUGUCUCUCUCCCUCCGAUACUUAUAGGGAAACUGAUACAACCUUUUCUUCAAUCCUCGUAGCCAUAAACAAUGGCGAUUAGGUCUUUUUUUGUUCCUUUUUUGCUCCUCGUUCUAUGGUUCUACUCUUCUCUAAGUCCGGUCCUUUCCCUUUACGAAGAUCAAGUCGGCCUCAUGGACUGGCAUCAACAAUACAUAGGAAAAGUGAAGCAAGCAGUGUUCUCCACUCAAAAAACUGGUCGAAGACGAGUUAUAGUGUCCACUGAAGAGAAUGUUAUAGCUUCCCUUGAUCUCCGUCAUGGCGAGAUCUUUUGGAGACAUUUGCUUGGUUCUAAUGAUGUUAUCGAUGGAAUUGACAUCGGUCUUGGAAAAUACGUCAUUACCCUUUCAUCGGGAGGAAGUAUUUUAAGAUCUUGGAACCUUCCUGAUGGGCAGAUGGUGUGGGAGUCUUUUCUUCAGGGUCCUAAGCACUCAAAAUCUUUACUAUUACUGCCGAAACAUGAGAUUGACUGUAUUAAUGUUGUGCAGACAAACCUGAAAAUUGAGAAGGAUAACGUAAUUGUUGUUUUUAGCAAUGACCGUCUCCAUGCUGUUUCUUGCAUAGAUGGCGAGGUUCUUUGGAAGAAGGAUUUUGAAACAGAAAGCUUUGAGACUCAGCAGGUAAUUCAGCCUCCUGGCAGUGAUUUAAUAUAUGUUGUAGGAUUUGCUGCUUCAUCCCAGUUUGAGAUGUAUCAAAUCAAUGCUAGGAAUGGAGAGUUGUUGAAGCAUGAAAGUGCAAUUUUUUCUAGUGGGUUUUUGAGAGAACUUUCACUAGUUUCUAGCGAGACAGUUGUGGCUCUUGAUUCCACAGGGUCAAUUUUGCUUACAAUAAGUUUUCAAAAUGGAGAAAUUAGUUUUCAACAGACACCCAUUUCAAAUAUUGUUGAGGACUCAUCAGGACCGGCGGUAAUAAUACCUUCAUCAGUCCCAGGAAUAUUUGCAAUUAAAAUAAAUUCAGUUACUAUAUUUAUUAGAGUGAUAGGUAAAGGCAAGUUGGAAGUGGUGGAAAAAUUGAAUCAAGAAACAGCUGUUAGUAAUGCUCUCCCAAUCUCUGAGAGCCAACAAGCAUUUGCAUUGGUUCAACAUGCAGGCAGUGAGAUUCAUCUUGUAGCGAAACUUGCACAUGAUUGGGAUGCUAAUUUGCUUAAAGAAAGCAUUAAAAUGGACCAACAAAGAGGGAUUCCCCACAAGGUUUUCAUAAAUAAUUACAUCCGAACUGAUAGGUCUCAUGGAUUUCGGCUGUUAAUUGUGAUGGAAGAUCAUUCACUGUUGUUAUUACAACAAGGUGCGAUUGUCUGGAGCAGAGAAGAUGGUCUCGCAUCAAUAAUUGAUGUAACAGCUUCAGAACUACCUGUGGAAAGGGAUGGUGUAUCUGUCGCAAAAGUGGAGCACAACCUCUUUGAAUGGCUUAAGGGACAUAUGCUGAAGCUGAAGGGAACACUAAUGCUUGCAAGCCCUGAGGAUGUGGCAGCCAUACAAAGUAUGAGACUAAAAAGUUCUGAAAAGAGCAAAAUGGCCCGAGACCACAAUGGAUUCAGGAAGCUGCUCAUAGUACUAACGAGGGCAGGGAAACUUUUUGCUCUGCAUACUGGAGAUGGACACAUUGUCUGGUCUCACUUGCUACACAAGUCAGAGGCAUGUCAAUCUCCAGUAGGAUUAAACUUGUAUCAGUGGCAGGUUCCUCAUCAUCAUGCUCUGGAUGAAAAUCCAUCUGUUCUUGUGAUUAGCAGGUGUGGUCCAAGUUCAGAUGCACCAGGUGUACUUUCUUUUGUCGACACUUACACCGGAAAGGAGCUUAAUUCUUUAAGUCUCGAUCACGCUGUUGUGCAAGUUAUUCCCCUUCCACAUACAGAUUCAACAGAACAGCGACUCCAUCUGCUGAUCGAUUCUGAUAAACAUGCACAUUUAUAUCCCAAAACUUCUGAGGCUCUCGGUAUCUUCAAACGUGAAUUUUCAAACAUAUACUGGUAUUCAGUGGAGGAUCAUAAUAGCAUCAUCAAGGGGCAUGCUUUAAAGUGCAAGUGCACUGGUGAAGUAGCUGAUGAGUUCUGCUUCGACGCAAGGGACUUGUGGUCGGUUGUGUUCCCCUCAGAAUCAGAAAAGAUAACUGCAACUGUCACUAGAAAAUUGAAUGAGAUGGUACAUACUCAAGCAAAGGUUAUGGCUGACCAGGAUGUCAUGUAUAAAUAUAUAUCAAGAAAUCUACUUUUUGUGGCAACUGUUGCACCCAAAGGAAGUGGUGAAAUUGGAUCUGUUACACCAGAAGAAUCAUGGCUGGUUGCAUAUCUUAUUGACAUUGUAACUGGUCGUAUAUUGUACCGAGUGACUCAUCAUGGUGCACAGGGCCCUGUUCAUGCUGUGUUUAGUGAGAACUGGGUUGUCUACCACUUCUUCAAUCUUAGAGCGCAUAGAUAUGAGAUGUCAGUCAUUGAAAUUUAUGACCAGUCUCGGGCUGACAACAAAGAUGUUUGGAAGCUUGUUCUUGGAAAGCACAACCUUACUUCACGGAUAUCUUUGUUUUCUCGACCAGAGGUCAUAACAAAAUCGCAGUCCUACUUUUUCACCCAUUCGGUGAAAGCUAUAGCUGUGACAUCAACAGCGAAGGGUAUAACUUCCAAGCAGCUUCUCAUCGGUACAAUUGGUGAUCAGGUUUUGGCUCUUGAUAAGCGUUUCUUGGAUCCUCGUCGAUCAGUUAAUCCUACACAAGCAGAGAAAGAAGAAGGCAUUAUACCGCUAACUGAUUCGUUGCCGAUCAUUCCUCAGUCCUAUGUUACACACGCUCUUAGAGUGGAAGGUCUUCGAGGUAUAAUAACGGUUCCAGCCAAGCUGGAAUCGACAACCCUCGUCUUCGCACACGGAGUGGACCUCUUUUUCACUCAGCUCGCACCUUCAAGGACAUACGAUUCUCUCACGGAAGAUUUUAGUUAUGCCUUGCUCCUCAUUACAAUCGUGGCGCUCGUAGCAGCCAUCUUCGUAACGUGGAGGUUGUCGGAGAGGAAAGAACUACAAGACAAGUGGAGGUAAAAGUAUGGUUCUACUACUCGUUACAUUUACAUCUGUGUAUUAACACAUUUCCUUAGAUGACACAGAUCCUUAAGGAUUUGAAUUAAGAUUAUUAGAAGGGUUUCCUUCUUGAGUUGUAAUUCUUCUAAAUUUUGUAGCAUUCCCUCAAUUUCUAUUUUCCAUUGCUAUGUUUUAACAAUUUAGUUUCUUAUGGCUAAAAUAUUAUUAUCACAUGCA